GAAAGAGGCUCUGCCCUCACUCAACAUGGUCACCUUCCGCCUUCGUCCUGGUUCGUAAAUUGGCUCUUUCGGCUCCCGUUACUUCCCCCAGUUUGUCAACUGCCCGUAGUAGCCAUGGCGGCCAUGAGCUUAUUGCAGCGGGUUUCGGUCACUGCAGUGGCUGCUCUCUCCGGCCGCCGGCUUGGUACUCGGCUCGGAUUCGGGGGCUUCCUCACCCGUGGCUUUCCGAAGACUGUCGCUCCUGUGCGACAUAGUGGAGACCAUGGGAAAAGACUAUUUAUCAUCAAACCAUCUGCAUUCUAUGACAAGCGUUUUUUGAGUUUAAUGAAAUUCUACAUUUUGUUGACUGGGAUUCCAGUAGCCAUUGGUAUAACUCUGGUGAAUAUAUUCAUUGGUGAAGCUGAGUUAGCAGAGAUUCCAGAAGGCUACAUCCCAGAACACUGGGAAUAUUUCAAGCAUCCUAUAUCAAGAUGGAUUGCCCGAACUUUCUUUGAUAGUCCUGAAAAGAAUUAUGAAAAAACAAUGGCUAUUCUUCAGGUUGAAGCUGAGAAGGCUGAUUUACGGUUACAGGAGCUGGAAGUGCGAAGGUUAAUGCGUGCGAGAGGUGAUGGUCCCUGGUUUCAGUAUCCGACUGUUGAUAAGGCACUGAUAGAUUAUUCUCCAAAAGCAACUCCCGACAAUUAACCAUUUAUUUCUCUAAAUACAAAGUAUAUUCUCUUAGGGGAAAAUUAAUCAGUAAAUGUAUUCUGUAUUUUUGCUCACAUGAUGAAUAAAGCAUCUUUCAUUGCACUA